AUGUAGUUUUAAAAAGAGAUAAUUUAUUAGCAUAGGUCGAAGUUAUGGUUGCUUCUAUAAAGAGUAUAUUAGAAAUAGAUGAACCAAAAAGAUUAUUUUUUAUGGGAUCUGAAAUUAUUGAUUUUAUUAGAUGACCAAUAGUAAGUCCAAUUUGUUAAUGAAAACUAAAUUUUUAUUUAGAUGAAAUAAAUCACCAUCAUGUUGGUUUUAGUAUAGACAAUUCAAACCAUAAAAUUUGAAACAACAUCAUCAGGUUUCAACUCUGAAAAUACAUAAGAAGUUUAUAUAGAUAUAUCUUAAUGUAUGUAACACUUUAAAGUCAUAGAAUAGAUAGAAUUAUAAAGAAAUUUAGAGAGAAAAAAAAUAGAUAUUGUUAUUAAAAUAUGA